AUGGCGCGGUCCACCUCGGUGCGGCUGGUGCUCCUUAUGCUGAUCGUUUGCUGCUCGGCAGCUCUCGGCUCGAGCCCGAAUCCCAACACGAGCAAACUGACGAGCCAGCCGAAGAAGAGCAGUGCGUCGAGCCCGGCCAUCGCGACCUCGACGUCGACGACGGCGACCGUCGCCUCGAUGACCGGUAGCAGCAAGAUUCCGGUCCCCCCCGUGGCUAUGACCCACGCGGCGGCGACAAUGACAACGGCAAAGAUGACGACGAAGACGGCGUUGCCGACGACGACGACGACGACAACGGCGGCGGCGGCGGCGGCGGCCGGGCUUGUGGCCCCGGUCGCUAGCAUCGCGAUCGAGCCCCGCGUCAAGAGUACGACCAGCAGCGGCUCCUCGGCCCACACCCCGACGACGAAGCGCGUGACUUCCUUAAGCACACCGUCGAGCAGCAGGGAGUCGAGCCUCGGCACAUCCACGCCCACAACGACCUCGGCCAAGGAGACCCGCGAGUCGCCCGGCAAGAUUCGACCGCAAAUCAAGCUCACGACUAAUUACACGAGUGCAAGCGAGACAGGAGUACGGUUGCCCGAGGGUGCGAGCGCCGCCCUGGCGAAGCCCACCAAGUACCACUACUAUCCGCAUAACCAGCACAUCUACCUGCUGCCGGAGUGCGCUGUCCAGCAGGUUUGCAACGCUGUCUACGUGAGACUUAACUUCACUCAACCGCUGUGCGCCUGUCCCGGUCGCUAUCGCGAUCCUUGCAGCGCCUCCCUCGACAGCGACGAUCUCCACACGACCGAGCUCGUCACGGACUCUCGCACCAAGGCCCUGACUUUGGUGAAGACAUGCGAGCCGGUCGCCGAGAUGCGAGAAUGCAGAGCGCCGAGAGAUUGGUCACUACUUGCGCUCCAGAACGUGCGAACAGGAAAGUCCCAUUACCUGGUGAUCUGUCGCUGUCCCGAUACAAACAUUCUCGAGGGUCCGAUGAGUCACGAUCAGCCGACUUACGCUAGUGUUCCUGGAAUCCGUGUCUACGGCAUGAUGUGCGUCCAAGGAAGUCGAAGGGGUCGACCGCUCCGAAACAUUCGCAGUAUUUUAGGAUUGCCGGGAAUGAGGAACGAGGACGAGCAUCGCGAAACGUUCCCGUGGCAUUUGGUGCCAGAACUAAUGAGGACGGCCAAGUGGGAAUAAGCCGACCAACGAACUCAACAUGACACUCGCAUUUAAUUAUUUAUUCAAUUCCCAACAAUUUUCAUACACGACUCGUUCGCUGCGCCCCCCCCCCCCCGCCCCACCCACGCCCCGUUUCUUCUUUAUUUAUAAUAUUUAUUAAGAAUAUUAUAAUUCAACUACGAAAUUUCCAAGUGCAUGUACAUCGUGUAGAAAUUUAUUAUUUUUUUUUUUUCAUUUUUUUUUGUUUUUGCUUUUUGUUUUUUGUUUUUUGUUUUUACGAAGGCUAGGCCAACGUAAAAGACUACGUCUAGGAUAGAAUACUCAAUUACUCCUCACCAUGUAUAACUGUUGCAAUUAUUUCAUCGGAUGGCCAGCGAUCAUUCGAUUCAUGUGCAUCCAAUGAUACUUACUCACGUACUUUUUAUUAUAAGCAGUUCGUUUUUGUAAUUUAAUUUCUUUCAUCCAUCAAAAAUCACUAGGAAAUGUCGGUUAAAAUGAUGAUGACUGUAAUCGAGAAUUCUAUUCUAUAUGUGAUUAUUGUACGAAUGACUGCUACUUCACGGAGAAAAAAUACUCAGCAAAGAUUCAUAUUUUUCUAAUAGUGCAUGAAGAACAUGAAUUUAUUCCUUUUAAUAAAAUUUCUA